AUGGGCAAAGUGGAUCUGGGAGACCAGGCUAUGGAGCUGAAGUUUGCUGGUAAACAGCUCGAGAACCAGGCCAGGGGACUGGAGAAAGACGUAACCAAGCUGCGAGAUGAGGUUGCGCGACUUAUCAACCAGAACAAUCGCGAACUCGCCAACACAAAGGCAAACCUCCUGGUCGCGAAGCAGAACCAGAUAAACCAGCUUUAUAAGCUCGCCGGUCAGAUGGAGAUCAUGGCCACCCAAAUGGAGAUAGGAGGACUGAUGAUGGAGAACGCGAAGGAAAUCAAAAAGGUGAACAAGAAUGUGCAGAAAGCGCUGGCCACGAUGGACACGAGUGCCCUUGCGAAGAUUAUGCACGACUUCGCAAAGACCGACAAGAACCUCUCCAUGAACACUGCCUUCAUGGGCCAGAUGAUGGGUGAGCAGACGAGCGCCACCAUGGACUCCCAGGUCGCCGCCAAGCUGAUCAGGGAGAUCGCGAUGGAGCAGAGCAUCGCGCUCCCGUCGUCGUUUGCGGACCUGACCGUCCAGCAGGAGGCCGCGGCGGAGCCCGAAAGAGCGGCGGAGAUGGUGUAA